AUGGGAAUUUUAAAAGAAGAUAUUAAAUUAAUAUCUCGCCAUAGAUCUGAUGCUGGAUUAUCAUCAUACACUUUACCUACUGAUAAUAAAAAAAAUGAGAUUAUUGGACAGUUAAUGAAUAAAGUUCAUGAGCAGUUGACUUUGGUUAAUGAAAAAUCAGCAGAAAUAGUAAAUUCUCAAAUUUCAUGUAUAAAUGAAAAUAAUAAACAAAUAAUGGACAAAGAGGAUAAUAAUUUUAAAACUGCAAAAGAAGCUUUACUUGAAAAGUUUCGUGAAAAUCAACAAAAUACUAUUUUAAAAACUUACUUCGUUAAACAGUAUACAGCAUUUAAUUAG